GGCGGCUGUAGCAGAACUGGUUGUGGCUUUCACGAGGCAACAACACUCCCUUAUUCAUACCUAUCUAUCCCCAUCGUCAUUUUAUUCGCGAUGAAUAAGUGAAAAUAAAAGCGCUAAAGAGUAGGAUUGUUCAUGAACAACCUGUUGAACAUCAUCUAGUGAAUUGAGUUUGUGUUUUUUUCAACGUGCAUCAUGGAUAUCUGCACGUGGAAGCAUUGAAAAUCAACUGUCAAAUAAAAAAAUAUACAGCAGUGAGUUGAAGACACGGUGAGAACGUCGCUUCGAGCGUCUGUGAAUGAAAUUCGUGUGCGGGAAUAUUUGAAUUCAGGGCUAACAAUCCGAGUUUUAUUGGUGGGCUUAAAAAUAUUAAGAUCCUUAAUACUGAGGAAUUUUAAUCGAUAACAUUUGACCGAAGGUAUUCCAACGAAAAUGUUAAGAUGAGUUGAAAAAUCGCUUGAUCCUUUAUUGAAGUGACGCGAAGGAGAAACAUUGCGAGUAGUGAUUUUGACUCUUUCGAGGGACUUUUUUUCAUUUUUCAUUGAAAAAUAAACCGCGCGCGCAUUAAAACACGCGGUGGAACUUUAGUGGUGACUGAAACACGUGGGUUUGACUGGUAGCAUGAUGUUGCUGAGACUGGCCUUUCUGUUUAUCGUUAUCACGCCGGGGCAUGGAUUCUUUAAUCUGUUCCUCAGUCAGACGGAAGUGAGGAAAUUGAUGGGCCUCGAAGCGGAACUUUUCUACGUAAGAGAGGGAGUAAUAAACGAGUACGCUAUCAAGUUUAACGUACCAGUACCCGCCCAAGUGCACAAGCUUCACUUCACAUGGCAAAAUCUCGCCGGAAGACCGCUCCCUUACACGAUGGCAGUUGACGUGAGUAAUCCCUCGGCAUUGAAAAGCUCUUUCAAUAUCUCCGACGCCGGUGAAAUCCCCGUGGGAGGACUGCAAACUUGGGCACUAAACCUUCACUGUGGGUCAUACGAUGCCGAGGUCGACUUGACUCUGCGUAUAAAUGUUGCACAAAAUCGUAGAAAUACAACGAAACUUGAAGUAAAGAGGAAAAAAAUAUGCCUGAAGGAUAAAAGUACAUAUCCGAGUCCUGAGGAGGUGCUCGUUGCAGCUUCUGGGACAACAUCAGGUGGUCAAGUUUUCUAUGCUGCCAUUGGAUGUGCUUGUGCAUUUAUUGCUGCAAUACUCGUCCUCGUUAUCGCUUAUUAUGUGAGGGAUAAGAAGGCGAGGAGACAUCGGGAUCCGUUGCAGGAGAGCAGGGGUUUGAGCUCAGCAUGUAGUGUUGAAAGGGGAACCGGAAUUGGGCCAGCGCAAACGUUCUUGUCACCGGAAACGCCACCACCACCAUCCUGCGCUUCCGCUACCAGCUACAGGCGUCUUGAUGAUCGUCCUAGUCGAGAGUUGCACGAAAGGAUUCAGGAAAUCACUGUUCAAAGGUGUCGAGUGCGUCUCUUAAGCAUUGAAAUGGAAGGAACGUUCGGUCGGGUUUACCGAGGUAGUUACCACGAGGAGGGCGCAACAACCCCCCGAGAAGUUUUGGUUAAAACCGCAGCAGAACAUGCCUCUCAAUCCCAGGUCGCACUGCUCCUUCGGGAGGGUUUGGCACUCUAUGGAUUGAGUCAUCCAGCUCUACUUCCAGUACUGGGGGUCUCAAUUGAGGACAGGAGCGCACCAUUUCUACUCUAUCCUCACACUGCGUAUAGGAACAUGAAGAGGUUUUUGCUGAGGUGCAAACAGAGCAGUGAGGGCCCACCGAGGGCUUUAACCACUCAGGAAGUCGUUGAGAUGGCUCUUCAAGCUGCCAAGGGUGUACAAUAUUUACACAGAAAGCGACUCGUGCAUCGAGAUUUAGCCGCGAGAAAUUGUGUUGUUGACGAUAACCUGAGAGUACAGAUCACUGACAAUGCCCUGGCCAGGGAUCUCUUCCCACAAGACUAUCAUUGUCUGGGUGAUAACGAGAAUCGUCCAAUAAAGUGGUUGGCUAUUGAGAGUCUUCUCAGUAAAACCUUCACCACGGCCUCCGAUGUGUGGGCGUUUGGCGUUCUCCUGUGGGAAUUGACAACUCUCGCUCAACAACCAUACGUAGAAGUGGAUCCAUUUGAGAUGGCCUCUUACCUCAGAAAUGGUUACAGACUCGCACAACCGAUAAACUGUCCAGACGAGUUGUUUGCUGUCAUGGCGUAUUGUUGGGCCAUGUCACCAGACGAGAGGCCAACAUUCUCUCAGCUCAUUGUCUGCCUCCAAGAGUUCCACACACAGUUGACUAGAUACGUUUGAAUUCAAUGAGCUUUACAGAGUAAACUGCAACAAGCGUUGAAAACUCAAUUUCUCCCCCUCGAUGGAUAGAAGACUGGUUGUGUUCGAAUUUAUCUCCAGACAUUAUUUGUUUUUACCUUAAAGAUUUUGUUGUAAAUAGUGGAAAUAGUACUUAUUGAGAUGUAGUUUUAACUCCCGAGAGAGAAGAUAUCACUGUUAUUUUGAUUUUAAGAAUGAAAUAAUACAUUACGCAACAACUCUGCUAAAUAGUUUCUGACGUUUGUGUGGAUUGGAAAUUUGGUUGAGCUCCAGAUAAAUUCUAUAACCACCCGAAUCAGAAAAUCUGCACGGAGAAAAAUAUUCGAUAUAAAGUACCACAAGAGAAAUGAAAAAUUACCUUUCCAAAUGUAAUCGGCGAGCGAAUUUGAAUUGACUGAAAAUUAUGAGUCUCAACUGAUAUUUUAUGUUUCGUAAAAAUGACUCAUCAAUUCUCUCUUCCGCUGAGAUAGGCGUUGCGAUUAGCCGCGAAAUAGGGAUAGCCCAGUCAUUCGUGAAAAUUUACGGAUUCCGGAACGAAUAAACUACGCGGAACAAGUGGGAAAAGUAGGAACGUUAACGCGACUGAGGUCGUUUUUAGCUGCUGACGAGUGUUCGAAAAAAUAUCAGCACACCAAUUUAAUAUCCCUUUUUUUUCGCACGUGUGACGUAUCCUAUUUUUUUGAAAUAGGUGUUUGGAAUAGUCAUCACUCAAACUUUUGGUGUACGGAUUUCCUGAUUUUUCGGGCAGUAAAUUCCUUCGGCCUCGUCCGUAUUUUUACUGCCAUUCAGAAAAUCGAAGAUUUGCAUGCAAAUAUUGGUCAGAUAUUUGUUAGUUUAGCCCUUUUUUAGUUACCAAUUUCUCAUUGACAACGUGAUACGACUGAUGCGUAAUGACUGAUGCACGAUGGACAUUUGUCACGACGGAACUGAUAUUUUUAGCUACGCAUGUGGUAGAACUAAAAGCUACCCGGGAUGAAUUAAAAGCGCAACGACUGGGCGAUCUAUCAACAGGCGUGGCAGUAAAAACUACCAAGGUGUUACUGGAAAUUCAACGGAAAAGACGAAAAUUGAAAUCUGUGACCGAAGGGACGAAAAGUGAUGCUUAUCGUUGAAAGGAAACAGUGAUAGGUAUUUCGACAUUAUUUAACCUACACGAAUUUUGACAUUCGUAGCCGCAAUAAUUCUGGAACUUUUAAUUGAAAUAUCCUGGACCAGUAAAUUUAUCGAUAAUUUGGAAAACUUUUUUUUCUGUCCGUGCAAGGCUUGGUACAAAUUAUACUGAUUGACGAAUUACACAAAGAGUUAGAUAAUUUUUACCGAAUAUUCUUCUCCGUGUACACCGCAUGUGUUUCGUAUAGAAUUGUAUAUCGCUCUGACGUAAAGAUGGAUGGAUUUCCAUUGUAUUUAAAAUCUGAAAUUGUAAUUGUAAAAGACAAAAUGUUUGAUAUAUUAAAAAUUAGAUGCUAAAGUAUCGGAUACAGCUUUGCCAUUGAAAUUACAAAAAAUUAUCACUGCCGAGCAUAUCCAGAUAUCAGCUAUUACAGUAUAUGCUGCUCAGUAAAGCGAAAUGUUAAUGCCAUGAACGGAUAACACAAUGUGAAGAAUUUUGGAAUCCUUAUGAUUGUGAUAGAGUGAUAUAUGUUAAUAAUUCGCUUGCCACAAUGUUUGUAGGUAUCCAACGUGCCAAUUUUUUGUAUUUUUGUACAUAGUUUAAAUAACAAGGUUGUACAACCAAAACCCAUCAAAGACUGUAUAUAGUGAACAUAUAUAUCUAUAUAUAUAUGUAUACGCUAUAUUGAAAUAAAAUAAAUGGAUUUCGAUGUAA